GCAAAGGAUAUUGGGAGUCAUGAAGGUUGAAGCUACUCUGUCUCUUUAAGAAGUAUGUGUGUGAUUUCACAGACGCCAUUCCAUACGUGAUACCAUAUUGGCUGAAAUCCUGGUGAUUGAUGGGGGUGGAUACUCUUUCCUUCUGCUCCUCCAGAUGCAGUGGCCUCCAUGGCUAUGAUAAGUUUCCUGUUUGUGGCGGUGAUAUAUGUCGUCCAGCACCUGAUGCUUGUCAGUGACCGGAUGGACCUGGACACACUGGCCCGAAGUCGACAACAGGAGAAGGUAAUGCUUGAAGAGAUGCGGCAGCUGGAGCUGGAGUUUGAAGAGAGAACCCGAGAGGAGGAAAUACAGCAGUCAGUUUGGAAACCAUUAGAAAUUGAGGUAGAAAAGAAUGAAGAAAUCAAUGAGGAAAAAAUCAUCAAGGAAAACAAUGUACCAACAGAAGAUCCGGAGAAGACCAGGGCCUCCCAAUCUGAAGGCCCAAAGGGACCACUAGGCUGGAUGCUGGGGAACCUGUGGAAUGCAGGGCUCUUUGUUCUCUUUCUCCUCUUUGAGCUCUUCAGGCAGAAUAUGCAACAUGAACCAGCUUUUGACUCCAGCAGUGAUGAGGAAGAGGAGGAAACCCUUGGGGAGACUGUUACUACAUGCAGUUGGUUAUCUGACUUUCCUAAGCGGGAAGACUUGGAUUCCUUUUUUGAGAAGAACCUUCAAAACACCACCCGUGACCUGCCUAGUACUUGUGAAUUUGUGGAGAGCUUUGUGGAUGACCUGAUAGAGGCCUGUCAGGUGCUGGGCCGGAGGGAGAUACACCCCCAGUUGGAGGAUUGUGUGGGCGUAGGCCCUGCCUUUGAGAAAUGGGGCAUUGGCCAAGAUGCUCACAGGUUUGAAGUGCUGGUGCCUUUAACAGCCCCACAAAGCAACUCAUUUCACCUAGAGGUGAGAGCCCCAGAAGCCAGUCUGCUCCGUUGUGGCCGAGUGGUUGUGGAGUCAGAAUGUGUGUGCAAACGAGAAAAGCUUUUGGGUGAUGUGCUAUGUCUUGUACACCACUGGGAUCAUUCCUCAGGUACUGGCAAGCCUGCCAACUCCCUGAAGUCCAACUUUUGUACUGACUCAAACCUGGAUGUAUACAAGAGCCUGUAUUGGUUCCGAAGCAUAGUGGGGAAUGCCUGGGCCCUAGUGGCACAUAAGUAUGACUUUAAGCUUAGCUUUCCACCGUCAAUCACUUCAUGUAAACUGAGGCUGGACUACCGUUCAGGUCGAUUUCUCUUAAUCAACUUGAUCCUGGGAGUGCAACGGGAUGAUUCUCUGGUUUAUUUUGUGAGUCAGUCACCUGAACAUGAGAAGCUGACUAGUGUGGACUGGCCUGAGUCUUUCGCAGCCUGUGAGCACCUGUUCCUGAAGCAGGUUGUGCGAUUUGCCCCAGAGAAGACUUGUCAUCUCAAGUGCCUCCAGAUCAUUUCAUACCUCCAGAGCCUCAAGGCCCCGCCCCAUGGUCUACAUCAACCCAUUCUCACCCCUUACCACUUCAAGACAGCCCUCAUGCACCUCUUGCUACGGCUGCCUCUCACUGACUGGAAGCCUGAACUACUUCCCCAGCGGCUCCAGGACAUCCUCUGGUACCUUGGCCGUGGGCUACAGGAGAGACGUCUUUAUCACUUCUUGAUUGGAAACACCUUUCUACCCCUUACCAUCCCAGUCCCCAAGAACUUUCGGAGUGCUAAGCCUGUCAAUCUCUUUCGGCACCUCGAACUGGACUCUGCGGCACACUCAAAGGCAGUGACAGAGUUCCAUGACCUUGUGACCCAGGUGAAAUCUUUGCCCAGCUUACCAAUAUCUGGUAGGGUCAUGUAAAGGCCAUUAAAAAUGGGAUUUCUGAUUUUCUGGGCUCCUAUAGAGUCUGUUUUUCAGAGGUCUUGUCAUCAGUAUCUGUGCCCCUUGACUUGUCAUGAGGAUAUAUGUAGUUCAUGAUCCUGGGCAUAGGGAGCAGGAGGAGAAACUUCAUGAAAACAGGGUAUAGGCUACCUAGCACUAACUAACAUAGACUGUGGCUUCUAAGGUUUUUCUACUGACAUGAUUCACAACAUAACCAAAAGGAGAUCAGAAUGCACAGGCACAUGUGACCACAUGUUCUUAUGAUUGAGAUCUAGAAGGAAAACAGGUUCUAAGAAGCGGUAAACAUUUGUACUGAAAAUGGGGGAGAAUUUGAGAGAAUACCCACUUUAGGCUGUUCCUACUUAUGCACCUUACCUAGUUUUCUCUUUGAACUGAUUCCUUUAUGAGAACAGAUCUAUUUAACUUGCAUCAAAGCUGAUCACAUUCUGUAAAGUGCUUUUUAACCAUAAAGCACUAUAAAAAUGGGAGUUAUUUGUUAUUGAAAUAAUUCCUUGACAUUACUUCAUCCCAAGCAAAUGCUGUCAGGCUUUUUGAUUUCAAAUUCACAGAUUUUAGGAUCCAACUCUUCGUAUUUGAGCAUUCCCUACCUUCGAUAUUUCUAAUAUGGAACCAAGAAAUAAGACAUUUUCUUCUUUGUUAUGUUUUUCAGUCAUGACUCCAGAUUUUCUAGUUAUUAUAUCCCUGACAUCGCAGUCCUAAUCAAAUCAUAUAUUAGCAUUGAUUCUUCAACAUUAUUAUUAAAAGAAUCAGAGGAAGGCCUCUAGCCCAUUGAGGUGAUCACUUAUGGAGAAUUUAUGAAGAUGUAGGCAAAAUUUGUUCAAGAUAUGAACAUAUUACUGGUUGUGAUCUACAUGGUUGGAGGAAGUACCCACACUGUUGUUGAAGUGUAAGAUUCUGAAAUUAAUAAUCUACUACAGCUAAAGUAAUUUACUUAUUCUAAUUGAUGCCAUAGCCAGUGUCAGACAAGUUUUCCAGUGCUUAGAAGCAACAGAGAGUACUUAAGGAGGAUCUUUUAAAACAGGGUCACUAACAUUAAUAAUUGCUAUGUAGUAUUAUUAUUGAAGGAGAACAUCUCUCUCAAUUUCAAGAGAUAACCAACAAUUUCUAUAGAGUUAUUGAGGAAGAGCUUUUUACAUGGAAAGGAGCUUUAGUCAUUAACCUCUAGUACAGUCUGCUUUUCCUCAGAUUGGUAAUUCUGUCGGUUUCUUUUAAAUUCAGACUGAAGAAUGAUUUGAACAUUGUGGUUUUUCAUAAGAACUCAGGUUUACUUAUGACAAAGUGCUGGUUUUAAAUACGUUAUAAGUUUGCUUUUGCCUUUUUGAACCUCAGGUAUUAAUUUAUAUAGGUUUGUGGGGGGAAAAGAGUGAGGGUGGGGAUCAUAGUCAGAGACUGUAUAUGCUAUUUCUUCCCCACUCUUAUCGUAAAAUACCAUCUGUCAUGGCUGACAUGACAUUAAUACUACCACAGAGUAUCAGAUGUUGGCUUGCUUCUCUGGGACUAUAGUCACAAUAACACAAAAUGACUCAAAAUGUUUGUUAAAGUCCAAUGCUAACUCACAUUGGUCUCCAUAGUCCAAGGGUAGCUAUUGAGUUUCUUUGCCAUGAGUUUCUUUGAAGUUGUAAUAGUUUUAUGAUGGUGGAAGAAGUUUUUUUUUUUUUAAAACUCUUUAAUAUACACUUACACUUGUCCUGUGGAGUUGAAUACAACUUGCUGUGUUUUAUUUUUGAACCAAUAAAGUAAACU